AUGAACUCCGCGCUCAAUUACUUGCACAGUCUUGGCGGGGCCGAGUUCUGCACCUUCUGCGAUGUCGACAUGAUAUUCGAGCCAGAGUUUCUUCGCGCUACGCUUGCACUCCUCGUCGACGAUGAUCAAAUUGGAGUGGCUGUCGUUCCACAGAGGUUCUACAAUGUACCGACUAACGACCCACUUUACCAAAGUCUGAACGUGGACGGCAAGUUCGACGAGAUCCAACGCGAUAGCAUGAAUUGCGCAUGGGUAACCGGCCCUGGUGUCGUGUUUCGUUGCAGAGCGAUUAGGGACAUCGGAGGCUUCCCGGAGAACGCCCUAGCCGAAGAUAUCUUGACUGGCUUCACACUUCAGGGUCGAGGUUGGAAGGUUGUAUAUUGCCGCGAAGAGCUACAAUUUGGUCUCGUACCAGACACCUUCAAGGCCCAUGUCACGCAACGAAUGAAAUGGGUAAGCAAUCUGACCAGCAUCCUUUUUCUUUGUACAAGAACACUGACGGUUUCCAGUNUCGUCGGUCGGCUGCGUAACUCUCGCAGGCUCAACUGCGCCAUAAACUCGCCACUGGUAAAAGGUAUGACCUGGAAGCAGCGGAUUAGCGCGAUAUGUCAUUGUGCUUCACCUAUCGCAUCCAUGAUGAACAGACCACUUUGCUCCUGGCUCAUUCUUCUGCUUGUUGCUUCCGGGCAACCACUCAUUACUGCCCAGCCGAGCGAAUUACAGAAUAUACUGUUUGUAUACCUUCUAGCCAGAAUCACAGCUUUCGUCGAAGAAUUGCUUGCAAGUACAGGUUGUGGUUAUUUGGCUCUACGCCGGAGAAUCGAAGGCAUGCACUGGUUGCAUACCCACUUAUUCUUCGCCCUUGCCAAAGACCUGAUCCCGAAGUCACUGGCCGGACAGCGUAUUGGGUUCAUCCCGACCGCUUUGGCAGAGUCCAAGAUUCAAGAACGUCACCCUGAUCGUCGGCCCGGACUUCGCCAACGUCUACGAGUGAUGUUCUUCUACCAGGAUCUGUGGUUCCAUGUCGUUGUUGUUGCUGUGGCAGCAGCAGUCUUCGCAGUGGGACUUGUGAAAGCAAACAACCACGGCACUUUGCAUUACCUCCUAACACAUGUACUGGUUCCUGGUGCAGCAUGGAGUAAUCAUUUCGCCUCGCUCAGGCCAAUCGUAUAUGCCGUUUCGCCUCCGACCAUGCCGGAGCGACGGGACCUGAUGGAUCGUGACUUUGCUCGCCCAAGAUCACAGGCGAAGGAAAGCGAGGAUUAUCUUCAUCUGCAUCUGGAGGACGAGUCUCACGAUCAGACAUUCGAAGUAUGGCGACCAACACCCGAGCAGAAGCUCGAGGAAUGGGAUGCAUGGGCGAUCCUGCCGGAGAUUCCACGUAGCAUGGGCCUGAUUUUCUGGGUCGUCGUUGGUUUGGGAGUGUGCCAGUGA